AAUGUUUUACCAGAAAUUCCUUUUUAAUCAGUGUGAGAUUUGACACUUAUUCUGUUCCAGUCAUUCUUUCUCAAGCAUAACUUGGAUAUUUGGGAGGAUCAACUGAAAUAAACGAAAUUAUGGUCAGGGUGUUCUACAGAUGAACAACUGGUUCAGCCUCUAUUUCCUGGUGUGAUUCAGCAUUAUGUCUGAUAUUGAGGAUGAGAUCAACUUGGAUGAUGUAAAGCCUGAGCCAUCAGAACCAUAUUUAGCAGAGGGAGCGUGUGGAGGAGACCCUCCAGGGAGACCAUUCUCUCCCCGCAGUGACAAUUUUAGUCUGGAGGUGCAGUUUGAGGAGGAGAGUACAAGGCACCCCAGUGAGAUCAGUACCCUUUCUUAUCAGAAUCUGCUGGAGGAGGGUGAGGGGAGUGGUGUGGUUUUAUCUCGUCAGGAGAGUGAGGAAAGUACAGAUUCAACACCUGAUGAUUUUGUGGAAUUCCCAAGAGACAUUACCCUAGACUGUGAUAUUAAGGAUGUACCAAGUGCAAUAUCAUCCAAAAGUAAGCUUGAUGCCUGUGAGGAGUUUGUGAUGAAUGAAAGGCUUGAUGUUAUGGUGACAAAAGAUGAUUCAGAUCAAAUCAGUAACCAACCUGUUGUAGGAAGUGAAAGUGAAAGUAGUUUUGUGCAGACUGAGAAGGCAAAGGAGGGUCUACCUAAGGAUCAGGUAGUUAUCAAAAGAAAUAGUUUAGAAAUUCGAAAUAAUAUUCCAGUGAUGGGGGAAGUCAAAAGUUAUGAAAAAGAUAUUGACAGUGUAAUUUUUAGUGUUCAGGGGGCAAAGCCUAAGAUUAGGUCAGGGAAACAGUCUCCAGGUUUGGCAUGUAGGAUAGGGGAGGGAUCAACAGGGAGUGGGAGUGACAGAGAAGGAUCUGUUGGGAGUGGGAAAGAAGGAUCAAGUGCUGAGAGAGAUUUGGAUAAGUCAGUUCAUAAUCGCUUGAUCAAAUCAGCUGACAAUUCAAGUAACACAAGCGAUGGAAAUCGAACUGAAGACACAAUAGAAGAAGAGGAAGUUGUUCAAUUGGUGAAAAUAGCCAAUGUGAGACCCCAUUGUUUUAUACAACCACAUGUGCAAGAAAGUGAGGAAGAUUUAGUUAUUGAGGCCAAAAAUGUGAAACAAAUUGAAAAGCAGGAAACUGUUGUGAACAAAUUAUCUUCCCCUGGAAAUGAAGUUGAAAAUGAAUAUGACUAUGUGAAAUAUGCUAGAGUUCAAGAUGGGGACUCUUAUGUAGGAAUGAGAUUGGCCUAUUCUAGUGCAGAAGAAGCCAAGAAAAAUGGUAUGACACUAAGUGGAUUUUCAAAUGUGGAUGACUUCUCGAGAGAAAAUUCACCUGAGAAAACGUUGUGUCUACAAAAAAUGGAUUACCCAAAUGCAAUACAGAAUGUAAAUGAGGAUAUGUUAACUGAGAUUCCCCUAGACACAGCAGAUAGUCCCCUUAUUGAGAAGCAGGCCUUCUCCUUGUCCCCAGAAAAUACAGAAUGUGACAGUGUGGAAGUUGAGAGUAUCAUUUCUGAGGGUGAGAAGAACAGCAUUGGAAUGCCUAUGGUAGAGGAUGGGUUAUCCAGCAGUCAGACCAGUGAUACCGAGGAGGGUCCGUCAUCAAACAAUGUCUACAAAUCACCAACAGCAAGGCUACGCUCAAAGCAGAAAGCAGACUUAGACCAGGAAUUAGAAAACCUGGACAGAGAAUAUGGCAUCAAGGAAAAGAGUAAGCCAAAGGAAAUGGACACAAAAGCUAUCAUGGAAGACCUGAAAUCCAAAAGAGAAGCAUUAGACACUGCCAUAGCUGAUAUUAAGACAGCCAUUCAACAGAGCAAGACUACCACACAACCUUACAAAGAUGAUACAGAUGAAGAUGAACCUGUUUGGGUCAAACGAGAGGAGUCUCAUCUUGAUAAAAAACAAAAUUUAGAGAGUGUGCAGGAAAAGCUUACUAGACUCCAGCAUGAGGACACAAAACUCAGAGAGGAGGAAAAGGUUUUUCAGAUGGAGAAUGAGAAAGACAAACUGUUGGAGAACCAGUAUAGCAAGAAUGAUGGGAAGAAGUAUCAGGUUCCUAGAGGUUAUGAUUCGGAUGAUGAUGAAGAAGGAGUACAAUAUACACGCAACAUACAAGGCAAAAAAUAUGCGUCCCUCCCCCGCGAUGAUUCAUUUGAUCAUGGACGCUCUAGACAAGUGGCUGUUAACGGCUCUAGCCAUAAUCAAAUGCAAAGUGACUGUAGCUCAGAUUCAAAUGAAUAUAACUACUCAAAGCGCAAUCGACUUAAUUCUGAGUCUGACACUGAUGACUAUGGCAGUGAUGUUGAGGCGCCCUCUAAAACGUCAUAUGUCAAGCAAAAGCCAGGAGACUUUGAUACAGAUGAGGAGACAGAUGUUUUGUUACAAAAACAAUAUCAGAAAGACAGUCAGGUAGACAUUCCAGAAUUAACUCAGCCCCCAGUUAAUAGAAGUGCUCAGCAGGAAGAAAGAAGAACUAAGGCUAAAGAAGCUUCCAUACACGAUCCUGAAAAUCCAUCAGUCUUAAUAGAAGGUGUACUGUUUCGUGCUCGGUAUCUGGGGUCUACACAGCUGAUCUCCGAGGGCCAACCAUCUAAAGCAAUGAGGAUGAUGCAGGCACAAGAGGCUGUGGGGAGAAUUAAGGCUCCUGAGGGGGAGAAUCAACCAAGUACAGCAGUGGAUCUCUUUGUCUCAACAGAAAAAAUAAUGGUGCUAAAUACGGAUCUUCAGGAGAUCAUGAUGGACCAUUCCUUACGGACUAUAUCCUACAUUGCUGAUAUUGGGGACAUUCUGGUUAUUAUGGCCAGAAGGAGAAUUUUAUCCUCCCCAGGAGAUGAAUCUCUGUUGAAGAAAAAACAAGCCAAAAUUUUGUGCCAUGUGUUUGAGUCUGAUGAGGCCCAGCUGAUAGCCCAGUCCAUAGGACAAGCCUUUCAGGUGGCUUAUAUGGAAUUCCUGAAAGCCAAUGGUAUUGAGGAUCCUUCUUUGAUGAAAGAAAUAGACUAUCAAGAAGUUCUGAACCAACAAGAAAUUUAUGGAGAGGAACUCAACCUGUUCUCAAACAAGGAACGUCAGAAAGAGGUGAUUGUGCCAAAAUUGAAAGGAGAAAAUAUUGGAAUUGUGAUAGUAGAAUCAGGCUGGGGAUCCAUGGUCCCCACAGUGGUUCUGGCUAACAUGUUCCCCACAGGUCCAGCAGCUCGAUGUGGCCAGUUAAAUAUUGGGGACCAGAUUAUCUCUAUCAAUGGGAUCAGUCUGGUGGGACUUCCUUUGUCAGCCUGUCAGACUUAUAUUAAGAGUAGUAAAAACCAGACUGUGGUCAAGUUAACAGUUGUCCCAUGUGCACCUGUGGUUGAGGUCCUUAUAAAGCGACCAGACGUCAAGUAUCAACUGGGAUUUAGUGUACAAAAUGGGGUGAUCUGCAGUCUUUUAAGAGGAGGAAUAGCUGAGAGGGGAGGAGUGAGAGUAGGACACAGGAUUAUAGAAAUCAACAAUCAGAGUGUUGUAGCAGUUCCUCAUGAAAAAAUUGUCUCUUUGCUAGCCAACUCUGUAGGAGAGAUUCACAUGAAAACAAUGCCCACCUCCAUAUAUCGAUUACUGACGGGUCAAGAAACACCUCAUUAUCUAUAGCAGAGGCACUUAAUGGUCUAUCAUCCAUCAGCUACAUUUCCAUAUUAUUCCAGCUCAGUUUGUGCUAUUUAUAGCUCAUAACAUUCCUUUGAUUCUGCAGGUUGAUCAAGUUUAAAAAGUAUUAAAUUGUUCUAAAUAAGGUUGACAGCUUUAAUGACUUUUUUGGCUGCUUUUACUAUAUUUUUCAUGUGGAAAAUCAUUUGCAUUCAUCUUUUUGACAAGUAAAAUCAAAUUAGAGGUGAAAUACUCUUGAGUAUGGUGUGUAUUGAUAGAGAAAAGUGAAAGGUAUUUCUUUUUUCACAACUUAAUUGUAACAAGAAUCUCAUGAACUGCAGUGUGAAUUUGUUGUGUAACUCACUUGAAAUCAUUGGAGAAUUGUAUGUGAUAUUUUAACAUUGGCAUUGUAUGUUGCUGUAUGUUGCUGUGCAAUAACAAGAAAGAGAUGAAGUGAUAUGGUGAUUUUAACUUUACUGUAUGUGUGUUCUGUUUCAUUUUACAGUGUACUAAAUUAUGUAUUUCUCCAAUAUCUCUGUUUGUUUUGAUAUUUCAUGUAAUGUCAUGUUUAUUUGAAAUCCACCCUUGUUGUUAUGUGACAUUGGGCCAUGCAUAAACAUUGUACAACUGCUUGUGGUAGAUCUCGUUAAUAUCAAUAUAACAUUUUUAUGUUCUGCUGAGUAGCAGCUUAUUUGAAUUAGGGGCAUUGACUUGAGUGCUGUCAAGAUUUCCUUAAAUUAUGACUCAGUUUGAAUAUUCAAUAAGAAGGUUAUUAAUGAGUUUCAAACACUGUCUUGUUUUAUGUGUGCAAGUAAUAUGUUGCCCUCUCAGAGGUGGGUUUGGAAAAGACCAGAAGGUUUGGAAAGGUUAAAAUUUGUAUAAGAAAAAUACCACAAUAAUUCUAACAAAAAAAAAGUUUAAAGCAGUAAAUUAUGAAGUUUCCAUUCUUUGAAAAUUUAUUUUUUUUAGAUUGCUCCAACUGAUAAUUUUAUGUAAAGUACAAUUAUUAUAAACUGUCAUCAAAGGAAAAUUUAUUGUAGUUAGUAUAUUAAAAGAAAAAUUGUAUAUUUAACUCGUAUUCAAGCAAUAAGUUAGUGAUACAUUUAUUGUGUAUACCAUUAAUCAUCUAGUCAUACUGAUUAUUUAAUAUACGCAUUAUAAAUAUGUGAUAUGGAUUUGAUCAUUUUUGAGUGUGAGUAUUUUAAAUGUUACCCAGGAGUGUGUUGAUGCUGUACUUAGUGAUGGGUUCUUACUGUAUGUAUACCUUUUGUUCUUCUAAAAUCAUCACUCUGGAGACAAUGCUGAAGCAUAUUGCAGUUUAUCUUUUGAUCACUCACUGAAUAUUUUAAACAUGCUCAAAGUUAUGUGUAGUAAAGAGAAAUUAGACAGAUAUUAAGAUUUGAACUGAUAGUUUUGGUAUCUUGAACCAUUCCCCUCUGAUGUAGAAAAACAUUAUUUUUAGUAGACUGGCAAAUAUCUUUUUUGUCUUAAGGUUUAAGUCUUACACAACACAAGCCAGAAAAAAAUUAUACAUUUCAGAUUUGAAUUCUUUUGGUAUUUAAGGUUUGAUUGAAAUUACAUCAAGCUGGUAUCAAAAGAGGGUAUAUUUAUAUAGCAGUACUGUAAGGUACCAGUAUGUCCAAAACUGUGGUGCAUUUUCUCACACUUACUGCUUACAAUUAAAGCCUCAUGAGCUUUUAUUGAAUAAUUACGUUUUGCAGUUGCACUUCUCUUGACAGAAAUUCUUAUUUAAAGUUUAUCAGUUAUUUAUAAUGAAUGGUUACAAAGAUGAAUAUAAAUGGAUCUAGAAAAAAAUACAUUCUCAGAAAAGUUAAUAGAGGGAAAUUAUAUUAUGUGAAUUUUUUUACCAAGAGCAACUAUAUGCUGUAGUGUAUUAUGGGAAUUAUUGAAAAGGAUACAAAUACUUAUUAAGGGGAAAAAACCCAUUAUAUUUGUGCUGUCUACACAGAAUUUUAUAGGCAAGUCAGUAUUGUGAAAAAGCUUGUUGCUGUAUGAGAAGAAAAUCUGACUUUUUGUAUAUGACAAUAAAUAACAUGAACUUGU